GUCUCGGGGCGGGACGUCACCCCGCCGGCGUCCUGUCUCCCCUGGCAACCGCCGGCCGAGCGGGGAGAUCGGCGGGUUGGAGGGAAUGUCGGACACGGAGGGGGAUUCGGACACAGAGGGCCAGGAGCGGGAAGGUGCCCAGACGACGCCCGAGGAUCAGGAGGAGGACAAACCGGAGCAGGCGGAGCCGCAUCCCCUGACGCCGGAGAUUCUGGCAGAGAGCCUGUCCCUCCUCUGCAAGACCGGGGACGCCCUCGCGCACGCCUACGUCCGCGUUGACCUCAAGGACCGCGAGCUGACGGACAUUAACGCCCUGAGCUCCUUCAUCCACCUGCGUUACGCCGACAUCUCCGGGAACCAGCUGGACGACAUCUCCCCCCUGGCCCACCUGAGCCAGUUACUGUGGCUGAACGCGGAGGGGAAUCAGCUCACCAGCGCCCGCCUCGACGAGCUGCCCUUCCUCCAGAUCGCCACCUUCGCCCACAACCGCAUCCGGGACACCGAGGGCAUUGCCCACCCCCUCCUCGAGACCCUCAACCUCAAUCAUAACCACAUCCAAGCCGUGUCAGGCCUCAACCCUGAGAAACUCACCUCUCUGCACACCCUGGAGCUGCGGGGAAACCAGCUGGAGUCCACCCUGGGGAUCAACUUGCCCCACCUGCGGCGCCUCUAUCUGGCCGGGAACAACAUCGUCAGCCUGGAAGGCCUGGAAUCGCUGGUCGGUCUGCAGACACUGCACCUGAGGGAGAACCAGAUCGAGAAGCUGGACGGGUUCUCGGAGAGGAUGGCCUCACUGCAGUACCUAAACCUCAGGGGUAACCAGAUAAUCGAUGUCCAACAGCUGAAGAGCCUGCGGUGCCUUCCCAAGCUCCGGGCGCUCAUCCUCGCAGAGAACCCGUGCACGGAGGACGAUUCCUACCGGCUGGAGGCGCUGAUCCUGCUGCCCGCCCUGCACCGGCUCGACAAGGAGUCCUUCAUUCCCGAGGAGAGGGACGAGGCCGCCGAGGUGCUGAGGGAGAGGCAGGAGGCGGAGCUGAACGAGGAGGAGCAAGAACUGGAGGAGGCCGGCUGAGGGACCCUCCCUGGAGGACGGUCGGUGUGAGGAGAGAGCGGGGGUGGCGUCCAAGCCUCUUCCCUCCAGAGUCCGACUGGUCCUGGGGAUUAACAAAAAUUCAGCCCCCCCCCCGCCACCACGACCUCCUCCACCCUCUUUCGCCCCCACCUCCUCUCUCAUCCCUCAUCCCCUCACUCACUCCGACCCUUUUCCCUCUCCCGGCAGACCCACCGGGACCCCGUCUCCCACUCCUGUUAAACCCACUGGGACCCCGUCUCCCGCUCCCGUCAGACCCACCGGGACCCCGUCUCCCGCUCCCGUCAGACCCACUGGGACCCCGUCUCCCGCUCCGUUCAAACCCACCGGGACCCCGUCUCCCACUCCUGUUAAACCCACUGGGACCCCGUCUCCCGUUCCCGUCAGACCCACCGGGAACCCGUCUCCCACUCCCGUCAGACCCACCGGGACCCCGUCUCCCGUUCCCGUCAGACCCACCGGGAACCCGUCUCCCACUCCCGUCAGACCCACCGGGACCCCGUCUCCCGCUCCGUUCAAACCCACC